UCCGUCGUUGGUCGUUGUUGUGUUUGUCUUUUGUCGAUACUUUGAUUCUAUGAAGUUAGUGAAAUAAUUUCAUUUAGGCAAGGGUGUAGUAUAAGUAGACCCUAAAUUAUUUCUUCCAACUUAAUAGAAUACGUAUUUUUAACGGCCGCUCUUUGAUAAGUUCUUACUUCUUAGUCUUAGUUGUAUUCUUACCCGCAGUGUUAUUGUAUGUUAGCCUACACCCUACACUUACAAAUAUAAGUUUUGUUUCUUUCUAAAAAGUAUGGUUGCUGAUGAAGUUUUGUUGGAGUUAAUACACGCAGAACUUGUGAAUUAUGCAUACAAUAAAGCAGAUGCAUCUAAGGACAAUGACAAAGACAAAAAGGAUGUUGACUUUUCAAGUUUGGAGUACACAGGAUUUUUAACUGGAUACAGAAUGAUUGAAAGGUUAACAAAAGAUUGGCCCAGAUUUAAAGACGAAUUAGACACUGUAAAAUUCAUUUGUACUGAUUUUUGGUCAUCAGUCUAUAAAAAGCAGAUUGACAACUUGAGAACCAAUCAUCAAGGGGUGUAUGUAUUGCAAGAUAAUGCCUUCAGAUUCCUGAGCAAAAUAUCAGCUGGAUCUCAAUAUCUGGAACACGCUCCUAAAUAUGUGACGUUUACUUGUGGAUUGCUGCGAGGUGCAUUAGCCAACUUGGGGAUUGUGUCACUGGUCACCGCCGAGGUCCAGCCCAUGCCAGCUGUUAAGUUCCACAUCGAGGUCAAAAGGUCAUGACAGCUCCACAGGGGAAAAACCCAUAAAACAUAAGUUUUGUUGUAAUAUACUUCAUCAAAUGAACUGGUUCUUGCAAAACUAUUGUUUAAUUAGUUCUAAGUCAGACUCUAUUUAUUGUAGACUCUGCUUGAGUUUCUCACUACUAAUUCAGUCCGAUAUAAAUUUCAAAAUAAAACACCUUAACUAAACACAUAGCCAUAGGCCUGAUUAUACAUCAAUGUUUACACAAGUUCACUUAAAUAUCAAGUACUAUUUAAAAACCAUUCAUCACUACUUUGUAUAUGCGGUAACUGUUUUUUUAUAUCUAUUUUUUUGUUGGAUUUGAUUUGAGGUGUAUCAAACUUUUGAUUACAACGUUUGUGACUCCAUAAUUAUUUAGUGUUUUAUGUUUGUAUAUAAAAGAUUAUAAUAUGAUUGUACAA